AUGGAUGAGUUUGAUAAAGAUGUCGAUAAAGAGUUAGAAUUUAGUCAUAAAUCAACAAAGGGGAUAAAGGUUCAUCGUACAUUUGAGAGUAUGAAACUAAAGUCCGAACUCCUAAAGGGUAUCUAUGCAUACGGAUUUGAAGCUCCAUCAGCAAUCCAGUCAAGAGCGAUCAUGCAGAUAAUUGCCGGUCGGGACACUAUAGCCCAGGCGCAAUCAGGAACUGGUAAAACAGCUACAUUUUCGAUUGGAAUGUUGGAAGCAAUUGACUCAAAGUCGAAAGAUUGCCAGGCACUAAUUUUAUCACCAACAAGAGAAUUGGCAAUUCAGAUUCAGAAUGUUGUACAGCACCUUGGUGACUACAUGAAUAUACAAACUUACGCUUGCGUUGGGGGUAAAAAUGUGGGAAUGGAUGUCAAGAAGCUACAGCAAGGGCAACAUAUUGUCAGUGGAACCCCAGGUAGGGUCUUAGAUGUAAUGAGGCGAAGAAAUCUUUCUACAAGACAUAUAAAAAUUUUGAUUCUAGAUGAAGCAGACGAACUAUUCACCAAAGGUUUUAAAGAACAGAUAUAUGAGAUUUACAAGCAGCUCCCAUCCGAUACACAAGUUGUAGUUGUUAGCGCGACUUUGCCGCCGGAAGUUUUGGAAAUGACAAGCAAAUUCACCACUGACCCGGUAAAGAUUUUAGUCAAGCGAGAUGAUGUGUCCCUAGUUGGGAUAAAACAGUACUACGUACAAUGCGAACAAGAAGAUUGGAAGUUUGACACCUUGUGUGACCUUUAUGAUAAUUUGACAAUUACUCAAGCUGUGAUAUUUUGCAAUACAAAGUUAAAGGUGAACUGGCUUACAGAUCAAAUGAGGAAACAGAACUUUGUAGUGCUGUCUAUGCAUGGUGAUAUGAAACAAGAUGAACGAGAUUCGAUCAUGAGUGACUUCAGAACUGGUAAUUCAAGAGUCUUGAUUUCAACAGAUGUCUGGGCGAGGGGAAUUGACGUGCAGCAAAUAUCCUUAGUUAUAAACUAUGACCUACCAAAUGAUAAAGAAAACUACAUUCACAGAAUAGGUCGAUCAGGAAGGUUUGGCAGAAAAGGUACAGCCAUAAAUUUGAUAACCAAGGGGGAUCUUCCUACCAUGAGAGAUAUUGAAGCUUAUUAUUCGACAAGAAUUAGAGAGAUGCCGAUUAACAUCAAUGAUAUAAUGUAA